AUGGCGGAAAACAAGAAGAAGUGCAGACAGUAUAGUGUUGAGUACAUUAGAUAUGGCUUUAUUCCCUCGCCCACGAACAUCCAGCUCCCGAUGUGCCUGCUUUGCCAGCAGGUUUUCUCUAAUGAGGCGAUGAAACCGUCUCGUCUAAAGGAGCACCUAUCUAAAAUUCACCCCGAUAAAGCGUCCAAAGAUGCUGCCUAUUUCCAGGUCCUCAAGGAUCAACUCGCGAAACAGUCCAUCGCCAAGGUGUUCGCUAGGAAGGCAAAUCAGGCUGAGAGUGGGUUAGUGGCCUCCUAUAAUAUCUCUCUCCUGAUCGCGAAGUCUGGGUUGGCAUUUACAGUGGGGGAGAAGUUGGUUAUCCCGGCGAUUAAAGAGGCCAUCUCCACUGUCAUGGAGAGAGACCCGUCGCCGGUGAUGCAGGCCAUCCCGCUGAGUAACGACAGUGUGGCACGAAGAAUCAAAGAGAUGGCGCUGGAUACGGAGCAGCAGUUGUGUGCCACACUGCGUCAACAUUCAUUUAGUGUGCAGCUGGAUGAAACCACAACCAGGGACAACAAUGUCCUGUUGAUGGCAUAUGUGCGCUAUAUGUCAGAGAGAGAUGUGGCGGAGGACGUUCUGUUUGCAAAAUAUCUCUCCACUGACACACGAGGGGAGACGAUAUUCAGGGCCCUGAGUGACUACCUGCAGGAGAACUCCAUUCCGAUAGGCAACAUCCUCGCCUGUGCCACAGAUGGAGCUCCCGCUAUGGUUGGCAGGUACCGUGGCUUCGCAACAUUGUUAAAAGAGCGUGUGCCGCAUGAGUUAACAGUGCACUGCAUGUUGCACCGUCACAAUUUAGUGGCCAAAAAUCUAAGCCCCUCUCUCCACCAGUCCCUGAACACCGCUGUCAAGGCCAUAAAUAAAAUCAAGGCCCAUGCUCUGAACGACCGGAUCUUCAGGCAGCUUUGCGGGGAGAAUGACGAGGCGUUUCAGCGCUUGCUGCUCCACACCGAGGUGCGCUGGUUGUCCAAGGGCAAUUGUCUGGGUAGGCUGUGUGAGUUGUUCACAACUGUCCUGGAGUUUCUUGCCGUGACAUCUUCUACCUGGCAGAUUUUUUCGGGAAGAUGA